GCGGACUAGCACCGUCCGAAAGCGUCGCGAGUACACGCUCUCUUUGCAGUGUUCUUGUCAGGCCGAGGCUGGCUCUUCGCCACCGCCGGUCAUUGACUGUUUGAGCAGAGCAGGGUUCAACGGAAGUCGGCAGCUUUCUUCGUUCGCAGUGGUGACGGUGCGACGACGCUCUGUGCUGCGAACAGUGUUGCUGGUGGUCGUUUGUGAAAGCUGGAGUAACAGUUGUUAUCACGUAACUUGCUGACGCCCCAACACCAAGAACUGCUACAUCAGCCGUGACUGGACGAGGUCCUUGUCAGUUGUAAUAGGACUCGCUUGGAUCAGGGUGAGCGAAUUACAGUACCGGUUGGGUUGUUUUUAGCCCCGGAUGCCAGCCAGUGUCUGGCCAAGCCACACUCACAGUGCAGGCUGGUGCAAUGUCCACAAUGCUUAGGCCGCAGCAGCCCAGCUCCAUAGUGUGUCCGGCUGGUGCUGGUGCUAGUGGUGGUGAAAGACAAGACACCGGUGGCGCAGCUGCUCAGCUGCUAGCAAGUGCCACACCAGGAACAGCGGCAGCAGUAACAAUCAACAGCAAUGGCUGCUCCGAUCAACAAGACCUUCAACAGCAACAACACCAACAGCCCGUGGCAGUGGCAGUGGAACGCAACCAGUAUGAGAUGUUCGACACCAGCGUGGCUGGAUCAGGCGGUAAGCGACCGACCCAUGGCUUCAAUAUCGACUCUAUCCUGUCUCGCUCUCAGUCUCAGUAUCCUGGUGGUGCAGGUGCUGCUGCAGCAGCAAUGACACCUGUGGCGGCAGUGACUUGCUACAGCAGCCACACACCGUCGUCCUCCGACAUGCAGCAGCAGGUCUACCACCAGAGCACAGGUGCAGAGAUAAAGCCAGCAGCCGCAUCCGCUUUACCAACAUGGCCAGCACAGAGUAUGGCAACCGGUCAAGUCAACGGCAGCAGACCAGCCUAUGACAUGUUCAGUGCGGGCGCAGCAGCAGCAGCAGCAGCAGCAACACCGGCAAUGGCGCCGGUGGAUCCAGCGGCGGCAGCGGCAGCAGCACAGCAGAGCCCCAGGACAGGUGGCCCUGAAGCGCACGGUGCGACGGUACCUCUGUCGCACGUCACACCGCAGGUCUUUCCCGUCGCCUAUAGCAGCGUGAAGUCCUACCCUAACACACCCUGGCUGCAAUCAACAUGGCCCACACAGGCAGCAGCGGCGGCGGCAACAAAUGCCAGCCACAGCCCAGCACGGCCCAUGUCGUCACCAGCGAUGCGUUACCCUGACAACGUGAAUGUGCUCAUGUGGCAUCCCAUGACUAUGUCAUCACACAUGGAAUCUUACAACAACUCUACAAACGCACCUCAGGCAACCCUGAUGAAUACGUCAUCCGCAUCACCGUUACAGCCAGCAGGAAACCCCUACUACAAACCGUCGCCACCAUUCUGGAUCGGACCGGGAGGUUCUGAGUACGCCAUGCAGCAACCAGCACCACCCAGCCUGGACCUACGCUAUGCAUUUCCGGCAGCUGCCUUGACGUUUCACGGACGCACAGCUCGACUCGUUAGCCCCAUGUACCGGCCGCAGAUCAGCGAAACACACCGACCUGUCACCUGCAAGCUACAGAAUGCCGACCUGUGGCAGGUGUUCAAUCGACACACAACCGAAAUGGUCAUAACGAAAGCAGGAAGGCGUAUGUUCCCAAUCAUUGAGGCUAAACUAGAGGGUCUGUAUCCGGAACGGUCGUAUGCUGUCGUUGUGGAUAUUGUCCCCGCUGACCAAUACCAUUGGAAGUUCACCGGAACGGAAUGGCGUAUUGGGGGACCUCGGUGCGAGCCACCAAUGCCGUCCCGACUGUACGUACACCAGGAGUCGCCCAGCUCAGGUCUGCACUGGAUGCAGGAUGUUAUCAGCUUUGGCAAGCUCAAGAUCACCAACGACAAGGCAACAGCUGGGCACGAGAUUGUUCUUGACUCGCUGCACAAGUACGUCGUGCGUCUGCAUGUGGCCUGCUUCCAUCACGCCAGUGACUACGCCGAGGUCGUGCACACGUGCGUCUUCAACGAGACGUCGUUCAUCGCCGUCACCGCCUACCAGAACAACCAGAUGACACAGCUGAAGAUUGAACACAACCCGUUUGCCAAAGGCUUCCGUGAAGGAUCUGCAGGGCGGCCAUCCUCUCGUCGACCACGCAACAGAUCUGAUGAUAAGACCAGCGAGGAGAACGGAGGAGACAAGUCACCUCUCUCAGCCGAGGAGGUCGGUGCACACGGGAGCAUUAACGGCAGCUGGGACCUACGACCUCGACCCCGACCAGCACGCGUCGAUGCUGACAUGAUUGGUGAAGCACCAUCCUCCUUAGACUCCGUCUAAGUUGGAACAUGUUAGAAGAGUCCGAAGGUACAGGCUACAGAGUCACUAUAUAGAACAUGUUUUUAUCUGAUUAGUCUUUGCAAGGAAGUGGUAACAUGCAUCUUCUGUUAGUGUCGACCGGAGGCUAGGAACGUUGUUACAACUGAAAUAGUCAACUCUAAAAUGUUACUGAAUACACUACACAUAAGAUAGUGAUAAGCUCUAAGUGCUAACAUACUUGCUACGGUACUUUUUGAAUUGUUUGUACACUGCAACACAGUCAGUUGCACAUGUUUAAUUAAAAAUACUCAUAGCUCUAUAUGUGUGUGUGCUAAGAUACUCACGCAACACACGGUGGUACAAGUAAUUCUAAAUCGCCGCCGUUGGCCGCGGCAGUCCACUGCAUUCGCUGUUGAGCGCUGUUGCAUCAGAAUUACGCCAUUCUCUCAUCUAACAGUUAACAGUAACACAAGAGUUCACUGGUAUAUACUGCUGCAUCUAUCCAUUCUUCAACACACACGGUUCCAAGCACAGCAUAUAACUAUCGUACCAUUCAUAGCAGACCCGUAAGUAAAUCAAUGCUCAUACCAUACCCACUGAACAAGAAUCAUCAUCUAUAACAGGUGUAGCUCACAAAGAAUUACUCUGCUUUAUUUCUUCGUCGACUACUGAAUCAUGCCUUAUUGAACUCUAAGACCUAUGUGUAACAUACAAUAAUA